AUGCACCUACAGCAGUGGCACUAUGUCGAGACAACAGCUUCAGGACAACCUAUUCUCCGUGAAAAUGAGAGGGAUGUUUACGUUGAGUACCCAGCUGGCUGCUACCAGGGGAAGGCCAAGAUAAUAGGGAAGCAAAAAGGGCGGAUCUACCUGACAUCGCAAAGGUUGAUAUAUAUAGACGAUGAAAAGCCUAUGACGAAUUCUGUAUCGUUAGAGAUUGAUGAUAUCGCCAAAGUCGAGUACUCAUCCAAGUUUCUUAGAAAAUCUGCGAGAUUAAUAAUUUAUCUUAAGGACAUCGCGGAUGAGAGUGGGCCUAGGGCAUAUAAUUAUGCAACAAAGCAGCCUCAAGUGCAGAGGUGGACAUGCCCGAUUUGCAUGGCUCUCAAUAAAACUACGAAAGAGAUAUCUGUGAAUAAUAUGCAUGAGUUCCCCUGUGAAAACUGCGGGGUAGUUCCAGAUUUUGAUAUGAUUGCAGACUCCAUCAAAUCAGACCAAACCGGAGCUUUUGGUGAAAACGAUGCAAGUUCUUCAAAAAAUGCUUGUUCUAUGUGCACCUUUCUGAAUCAGCCACUGUUGAGCAAUUGUGAAAUGUGCGGCACCAGGCUUCCCGAAAAAGACAGAGAACUUAGUGCUGGAGCUAGCCCUGACAAAAGAGUUCGAAUUGAACUCGACUCUAAAGACGGGUUGAUACCAGGAGAGCCAGUCUUUGUCCAAAUCAGCUUUCGCAUGUCUGACGGGGUGUUGCUGUUCCAAACAGUUUCCAAUCUACUCGAGAAUCAAGAAAGAACAAAAAUCCAAGACGUCUUCAACAAAGGCGCGACAUCUGUCAAUAAUGCUGACUUGCAACUCAAAAGCUUACAGAUACUCGAUACAGAUAGUGCCUUAAGCAAGGUAGGAAUCACAAGCUUGGAGAAAUCACAAGAAACAAAGCUUAUCAACAACGACAUAAUAUUGAACAAGGCAUUGUCAGACCUUAGCAGCUUGAUGGCUUUAGCUUCAGACAUCGAAAAGCUAUAUAACACAAUGGGAAGAAAGACAGACCAUAAUAGUCAUCCUCUCUUAACCGUUGACAGAGAGAAGUUCCUCACCAAGGAUCUAUUCAUAGACGAAAUCUCAAGAGAGCUCUACGGUUUCAUUAUGUCCGAGUUCCAAGAGCAAAAAGAAAAGGAAGGUGUCAUAUUAAUCACCCUUGUUGACAUAUAUGCAUUAUACAACAAAGCCAUGCGAAUAGGAUCUGGUCUUGUGUCACCCCAGGAGCUCAAAGAGGCCUGCGGAAGGUUCGAGAAAUUGGGUUUAAAUGAUUUGCAUCUCACAAGAAUUAACGGCCGUGUUCUAUGUGUGUCCUCAGGUGAUUCUUUCGGAUUCAUAAAACAAAAAAUACUAGACGUUGCGACGACUGACCCAGGAACCGAUUUACUGCAAUUGAGCCAACAACUGAAUGACAAUAACGGAAACUCUUGGACCAUGGGAAUUAUAAUGGAGGCACUGAACAAUUGCGUCAACGAAGGAAAAUUGCUGGUUGAUGAACAAAUCACAGGUAUCCACUACUAUGUCAACUUUGACUGGAUAAUAUAG